UCUAUCAAGCUAAGGAGUACUCAUACUACUUGAGCUUGGCCUUGGUAGUCUGCACAAUUUAAGUUGAAGUGGCUUUGAUUUUACACUGCGAACAUGGAUGCUAAUCGAUUUUUCAGGAGAUAUUCAUCAUAACUAAGCCAAGAAUUCUUCAUUGUUGUAUUAAGAUGCAAAAUUCAGCAAUAGAUGGAAUGAGCAAUGAGGUACGCUGAUUGCAAAUGAGAAGCAAGUCAAGUGCCGUGCCCCACAUGUCUAUAUUCGUGUAUUCUUACAAGUGAAGAUGAAGGUGUCAAAGAAAGGAUCCACCCUUGACAAGACCAAGAUUUGCAGCAAACCCAAUAUAAGCUAUGAAGCCAAGAUCAAAAUACGAAAGAUCCCUAGCCAAAAUGUUGUACAUCGGUUACGGUUCAGAGAAAUCUAUCGUCCGAAAUAUUUGUCACAUUUCUCUCUCACAAGAUCAUUUCAUCAGAAUGUCUUUCCAAAUUUCACCAUUGUUAAUGUGGAGAAGCCACCUUGUUUUUUGCGCAAGUUCUCUCCGGAUGGUCGCUAUUUCAUAGCCUUUUCCUCGGAUCAGACUUCUCUUGAGAUAUAUAGGUUUGAAGGACCAGCUGCGGCUGGUGACCUGCUGCAGAAUCUUCACUCAAGCAAACCAGAUGUGGCAGAUGCAGAAGCGCAUAAUGUCCGUGGUCAGCUCUUUGAACGAUUCUUUGUACUGUGGCACACUGUAAACAUAGCUCCAAAUGGUGAACACCUAAACAGAGAAUGCAGUUUGUUCACCGAUGAUGGCAGGUAUGUCAUUGUUGGAUCAGCUGUCUAUGUCCCAGAUGAACCCUAUCCUCACUUUUAUGACAUGUAUAGGAAUAAUGAGUCUGUAUCACCAACUCACCGAUCUCCUCUUGAAGAUUACUCCCUCCAUCUGAUAGACUUGCAGAUGGGUGUCUUGUGUGAUACUCGGACAUUCAAGUGUGAUAAGAUCUUCCUGUCCCACAAUCAGGGGCUCUAUCUCUACAAAAACAUUCUAGCUGUCCUGUCUGUGCAGCAGCAAACCAUUCAUAUCUUUCAAGUGACUGCAGAUGGUAGGUUCCUGGAUGUAAGGACUAUUGGAAGGUUUUGUCAUGAGGAUGAUGCCUUGGCUGUAUCCAUCUUGCGCUAUGAAAUGCCCUCCUCAAACUCUAGCCAAAAUGAACGACCUUUCCGUGACGCUUGCAUCAACUCCUUGAAGCACAGGCUGCUUGUGUACCUUUGGAAGCGUGCUCACAGAGAAGGGACACCCAUUGCCAUGAGGCACUUCUAUCAACACUUUGAUAUCUUCAGGUGGUUACGGAUGUGGAAGAUGCAAUUGCUUGAUGAAGUACACCUUCUGAUCAAGUAUGCCAGUGAGGAUGUGGUGACAUUACGGAUGACUGAUCCAACUUCCCAACCAUCUUUCUUUGUUGUCUACAACAUGGUCACAACUGAAGUUGUUUCUGUCUUUGAGAAUACUUCUGAAGAGCUCCUGGAGUUGCUGGAAAACUUUUGUGACCUCUUCCGAAAUGCCACACUUCAUGCUCACACCCAAUUGACCUGCUCAGCAUCAAGCAAUGUUUAUGCCAGACAGAUACAGAGGAGAUUCAAGCACACAAUCAUCAAUGCCAAAUAUGGAGGGCACAUGGAAGCUGUCAAAAGACUUCUUGCUCAGUUGCCAAUUAGUUCUCAGUCCUACAGUAGCAGCCCAUACUUGGACCUGUCCCUUUUCAGCUACGAUGAUAAGUGGGUGUCAGUGAUGGAGAGACCUAAAGCAUGUGGGGACUAUCCUAUCAGGUUCUAUGCUAGAGAUUCAGGCAUCUUGAAGUUCAAGAUCCAUGCCGGCCUUGUAGGACGUCCUUCCCCUCCAUCAGCUCGUCGACUAGUGGCCUUCACCUUCCAUCCGUAUGAACCUUUUGCUAUCUCCGUUCAGAGGACAAACACAGAGUAUGUGGUCAACUUCCAUGUGCGUCACCAACCAGCAGACUGAGGAUUGUUACAAUUUUGUUCAUGGACAAAUCUUUUGAACAGGGAUAGUUACAUUUGAACCGACUAGUCCCUGUGUGAAGCCUAGAUGGGCAUUACAGAAUUUAGUAAUCAACAGAUUAAGUUGAUUUUAGUAACUUUGUGAGAGCUUGAUUAGUUUGUUAAAGUGUAAUAUCUGGCACAUCAAAUUUUGUUCAUACAUUGGAAAAAAAAACUUCAGGACUUGUUUAGCAAACUUGACAAAUUCCUGUCAAGGGGAAGUCCUUGUUGGAUUUAUAAUGUUUAUAUAAAACAAAACGAACACACAAGCAUGUCAGACUAUUAUCUUAUUCUUGUCUUGUAGAAAAAUGUAGAAAAAUUACAACAGAGUAUUUGAGGAAAAUCCAACAGCAUUCAAAAUAUGAUGUAUGAGUUUAUGAAACUGAUCACAAAUUUGCAAUUCUGACUUUAAAAAUUACCUUGCAUGAAAAUCGAAGUCUUAGUUACAAGUGUUUGAGCAUUUUUCAUGCGAGUGCAUCACAGCUGUAAUCAAGUCUUAAGUGAAUUCUUAUGUUCUAUUCAUCUUGCAUAUAAUGGUCACAUCCAGCUGUACAACUCUGAAUCUAUAUCGAGUCUCUACCACCCUACUCUUUAGCAUGGUAUGACUAUUUUAGCUCUGUGUAUAUCUGGAAGUAAAUGCAUACCCCCUUGCUUGCAAUGCACAAUUGAUUUGCAACUUACUUGCUGCAAGACUUGGCUCCAUUUCCAAAGUGACCUAUUUAAGUGGCCUAUACGUCCGACGUGAGAAGCAUAUGCUUGAAAUAGGAUGGCUGUGCAUAUCAUAGCCAUGCCAUACACAAAUCGUUUAUUGGGUAUUCCACAGCCUCCUUGUAUGCUACACAAAGGUUAGUAUACAAAUUUGCCACAGACCACAUGCACAGAGUUGUAUGACUGGUUGUGACCAGAGGUUUACAUCAAGAGAGGAACCACAUCCAGUAGAAACAUACUUUUAUUUGGAAUAUUACUGCAUGCACUAUUUAAUUGUAUCUGGGGCCCGUAUCAUAAAGAGUUACAACUGUUGAAACUUUGCCAUUAUGAUAACUGCUAUGGCAACAGGGCUCAGCAGCCAUUCAAAAUCAGGGUCACCAUGGUAGAUGCCAUAAUUGCAAAGUUGCAACAGAUGUAACUCUUUUAUGAAAUAGGCCACUUGACCGGAAAUUGCUGAUCGUGAUGGUUAAUUGAUUCAUUGAUGAGAGAGGACCUUGUAUGAUGAUAAUAAAAACAAUUACCAAUUCAUGAUUUAUUCAUUACAACACUUAGUACAAAAAUUUUCAUUUGUAAUGGAAAUUCCUUAACCUUUUUCUGAACUUUUCCUGCUAUAUUAUUUUUUACACAAGCAGAUUUAAUUUGUUGAUAAAUUUCCCAGUAAUAUGAUGUUUCUCCUUGCUGAAUUGUCAAAAAUUUAGAGCAAAGCCAUUGGAUCUGCCAUUAAUUCCAUGAAUAUUGUUAUAAGCAUUUGUUUACAAAGCACUGUUAUAGUAGGGUAAGCAUGCUGACAUGAAUAAUGCUUUUAUAUUACGGAAAAUGGUUGAUAUUCCUAUGGGUCUUUUUGCAAUGAUUGAAUUGACCCUUGGCUAAUUUUGAUUAUACCUUUAGGGAGUGUCAGUUGCUAAGUCAUUCACCAUGUAAGGAUUAUUUUAAUCUUGUAGUAAAGUGUAACCAAAAGUUCAUUCGGUUAAUGGAUUUACAAGAAAAAAGAAGAAAAAAAAUAGUAUGAAAUCGAUUUCUCUUCAUUAUCCUUGUUGUGAAUAUCAGAUAUUAAAAGAAAGGCCAAAGAGCAUUCCUUAAAAAUGCAGACAAAAAUCCUCAUUGAAUCUGGUCUUAAAGCUGGUUUAAUAAUAACACCCAGUGAAUAUCUAUACUUUAUUGUAUUCUAAUGAAUUUAUAUUUGGACUCUCAUUCAUAAUGUUUGCUUUCAUUUGGCAUUAUUUUUUUAGCAUGUAAAACAGUAUGAUUUGAAGUAAUUUUGAACUUAGUUUUUGUGCAAUUGUAAUUUGGGAUGAUUAUUAUUUGAUAAUUUCCCAUAUCAUAUGUUUAUUUUUUCUUUAACUUUAUAAUAUACUGGUUAAUCUUCAAUGUAAACUCACAAAUAUAAUUUGUACAAAAAAUGUAUAGUCCAUUGAUUUCUGUUCAUUUUUGUAUGUAUGAUUAGAUCAAGGACAGAUCUAGUCAUCUGACUCUACCCCCCCCCCCAUCCAUUACUGGCUAUUAUUUUCACCCUAUUGCAAAAUGUUGUUUCCCUAUUCUAUACUUUUUUUUUUAUUAUUUAAAAUUUGAUUGAAGAUUUGUUUUCGUGUUCACAACAAUUUAAUCUAUUAAGAAAUUUGUGAAGAGAUAAAACCUGAUUUCAAAGAAGAUAUCAAUUUAGAAUUUAUGAAAUAGUCCUAUGUGUACUAGAAUUGUCUGGAUUCCCAUCAGUGCAAAGGAUUCUGUGUAUAGAAUGUAGAUAUUUUACCAUAGAGGGGGCUAUACAACAUUUGCAUCAAUAGCUUUUCUCAUUCCUCAGGGGCCCGUUUCUCAACACCGUCAUAAGUCUAACUUCUUGACUAAAUCGGAGAGAGUGAGCUACUUGUCCGCUAACCGUUUCACGAAGCCCUCUUUACCAAGAUCGGGUACAACAACCUCACUAAAUAUUUAUGACACCUCCGAACCUGUCAUAACUUCUUUCUUAAUGACGUAGUGGCAUCACAUGGGUAGACUAUGACAUGCGAAAGUGCCUAGAAAAUCUAAAAUUAUAAUCUUACGUAAUCAAUCAUAGGGGUUGAAAUUACAUCACAAAACAAGUGGGUUAAUGCAUUCAAUGAUAAUUGUAAUACAAAGAAACUAUAAAAACUGUUGGUAAACGCCACAAAACCAUUCAUUUUGAAAUAGUAAAAUUAUUUAAUCGAUAAAGAUUCUACCACGUCAGGCCAUCCAUAACUGAACUCGUAUUUGUUGUUUUCAGACCCCUAUUAACAGUUGGAUGAAUUCUAUCUCUAAUUUAUGCAUAUAAUUUGUCCAAUAUCGUAUCUUUCGGUAUCAAUGAUUAAAAAUGUUUUGUUAAUCUAUAUUUUGAUGACGUUUGAAAUCGUAAAAGUCUGUAUAAUCAUCAUUUUACAAAGAAAACCGUUAUGGUUUACUUUCGUAAACUAUUAAAAUUGGGUAUCCUGGGGGUACCCAUCUCAACAUCCGCAAGUGA